GGUAUGCAGUUGUGCGCUCCGCCCCUCCCUAAGAGGUAGCCUGUUGCCGAAUACAGCGAGGGAACUUAAAAGGCGAAGGUCGCCGCCCCAAGCGAGCCUGGGCAACCUGCUGCCUUGGUCAGCCACCUCAUGACCAUUUCCUAACAUACACAAAACUGGCAAGCUGGUACCCUGUAACACGCCGCCAUGUCGUCCAGCUCGCCGUCCGCCGUGGCGACGGCACUCCUCGCCUUCACCACGCCCUUCGUGGUGCCGCCAGGCUGCCCCAUCUUCAGAACCACCAGCGUCGACAUAUCAACAGACUAUAUUAUCGCCGUUGCCACAGUCCUCGUUGCAGACGACUCCUCAUGUAUGCCCGAUGGCUGGGCCGAUGUCGUCCCGGAGAGCCUGUUGAGGUUCAACCCCGGCGUAUGCCCCAGUGGCUGGGUCUACCACGACAUUGCCGACGGCGACGCAACGGACAAGUUCACGGCCUACUGCUGCGACCGCGGCUACGAGUUUCACUACUUUAAACAUAGAACACUUAUCCAGUCCAAGAUCCCCCACGCGUGCGGCCGCUGGACCUCCAGGCUGGACUCGGACUUAGGCUCCGACACCGCUACCAUUACCAGCGUCGACAUUGCCAGCAGCACCCUCCUUGUUCACAAUGCCUGGGCCCUUACCUGGUCCGCCUCCGAUAUCACCAACCUUACCCCCCAGCCGCCUUCCAUCACCCAUCGUAUGCUGGUGCCGACGUGGACCCCUGGCGACGUUAUCCCGCCCGGAAAGUACGACCGCGAGUCCCCCUCGGGUCCCAACAGAAACAACUUCCUUGACGUAAACGCCCAGUGGUUCCUGAUAGUGGGUAUGCCCAUCAUCGGUGCCCUCUUGAUCAGCUCGUGUGUCUACUGUUGUGUGCGGGGGAGCAAGAAUAAGAAGAAGAAGAGGGAGAGGGCGCGUCUGGCGGCUGCUGCCCGUGCCACAGCCGAAGCAGAAGGGGUGCCGGACGCGACGUGAGAUGGAACCAUGCACUCAGUCAUGCUGUGAUACCUCCGUAGUGCGAUUUAAUACCUCAUGUGCCGUUGAGAGGGCGUUAGCCCCAGUGGUCGUAUGUGAUUGUCGAGUGUGGUUGUUGUCAUUAAAAGGGAGUGUAUGCUUGGGGCGCUGUCGGCUUCGACGUCCCGGAUUGCCUCACAACCCCGGGCCCCGUUGGCGGCCCGCAACACUAAUCACAUGCAGGUCGUUGUAUCAGCCGGAGCUAUUGUGUUGUUCUUAACGGCUCAGGCUACCUUAGUUACAUUAAUAUUGC